AGUGAAUCGUUCGUCGAUGUAGUCGUACGUGUUUAAGCGCAGGUGGUGAUGGAGGCGGCGCCACGGGACAAUGCCACAGUGACAGAGGAACAAUGUUUUCGAAUAGAGGCGGUUGUCCGGAUCCGAAGACGUGCGCCAAGUGCUGUCCGUGCAAGUGUUCGAGUCGUGGCGGUGACAGUCACGGGAAACCGCGGAAAGGCGAUUCCCAAAGCCCACCUAAGUCACAGUUCCGAGGCGAACCUCAACGACCCGCUCGCAGCAAGCGCCUCACCGGCACCUGCAAGGAAAAGAACGUGCUAACGCGGCCGAUUCCAAGGGAUGCCCGGGCAAGCUAUUUCAUGGAGCACGUGUACAGGCCGACGGAUGCUGACAGCUCGUUUCGGCAGACGCUAUGCUCCACUCCGGGCUGCCGCUGGCUGCAGUCUUUUCUGGACGAGGGUGGCGUGCCCAGGAGGGAAGCCGCACGCAGGAACUCACCCUGCACCAACUUCUACCGUCACGUUUGCGACGCCAAAGCGCGCUCGCCGUACAAGCUGGGCAGGGAGAAGCUCAUGGAGAGCAUGCGUCGCAUCCUGGGCCGUCACAAGACCCCGGAAGGCCAGCUGCCUGUGAACUCCGACUCCCUGUUCAAGCGCUGCAUGGAAGGUGUGGAUCUCAUGAUCAAGGACCAUAUCAGAUACGACUGGGAUGAAAAGAAGCUAGAUGGCUGCACCUCCAACAUGCCCAAAACACCGGUGACCCUCUCGGACAGAUUCUUCAAGUCGGGACGCCGCCGCACCAUGCCAGAAUUCUUCGAUCACAUCAAGGGCCUGACGAACAAUCUCAGCCUCGACGACUCCACAAUGCCCGCGAAGGGGUUCUUUACACGUGAGUGGAUACCGGCCGCUUGCCAAUGGGUCGCUCGCGCCGCCCGAUGCCACUACGCCUUGGACUUGCGAAUGGAGACGGGCGAACAUCUGGAACGAUACCAGCUCUACUGGAAGGUCAUCUACUUCUCGCCCCUUCUUGGUCCUAUGACGAACAGAAUCUUCGAGGCCGUGUUCGACGAACCACCAAAGGCCCGGGUUCAGGCAUGCUUCAAUCUAAUGGAAGAUCAUUAUAUCGUCAACACCACGAAGACGGCGCGGCGGGCGCUGAAGGAAGCCAUCCGACGACCGCAUGACGUCCUCUCACACGUUUCUUGGCUGCUUCGCUGGGCGCUCAGGGACCGCGUACCGAGAUGGCUCUCACGUCGCAACAGGCAAGGCUGA